CACUUGUUGUAUUGUCUGAGUGUCUCAAGUGACCCUCUUUCUCUCUCCUAUUCUGCACUGGCUAGGCCUUCAAUUCCCACUCUUACCCCCCCCAAUCUGAUAUAAGUAGUAAGAUCGUUAAAUCCUUAAAAUUCUUUCUACUUUAGUGUCCACUACUUCCCCCUCUUCUUACUCCUCUUUCCUGACCCUGUUAUCGGGUUUCUUUUCUCCACACUACAUUUUUCUCUUUUGGCCCCGAGAUCAUCCUUGUCGCCUCGACCUUGCCACUGUUCAUCAUCCUUCUUACUCUCUCGUGUCUCGGCUGGGAAAUCCCCCAUCCCGCGCUUAACCCCCCACCAACAACUGGCCUCCGCGCUGUCGCCCUUCCCCUUUUCCCCUCGCCUCUCUUCAUCCUCCGGGGCACAACGUGCUUGCGAUUCUUCCUGGCCUAAGAUCUAACCCCUUCUGUGCCUCGAAUUCCUCAACCACCAUGGAUCGCAACAUCGCUCGUGCGGUGACGGAGAAAAAGCCGGUCCCGGAGAUCGACUUCACGUUACAUGUCAUGGAAGAUGGCACUCAGGUGUCCACCCUCGAGCGUGUCAUCAAAGAGGUGCAAGCGCCGGCGUUGAACACCCCGUCGGACGAUCAGUUCUGGUCUCCCGAGGACCCCUCCAAGCCCAACCUCCAGUUUCUCAAACAGCACUUUUAUCGGGAAGGUCGUCUCACGGAGGACCAAGCGCUAUGGAUCAUACAAGCUGGAACACAGCUGCUCAGAGCUGAGCCCAACCUGCUGGAGAUGGAUGCGCCCAUCACCGUGUGCGGAGAUGUCCACGGUCAAUAUUACGAUCUAAUGAAGCUCUUCGAAGUCGGUGGCGACCCGUCCGAGACCCGUUAUCUUUUCCUCGGUGAUUAUGUCGACCGAGGAUACUUCAGUAUCGAGUGUGUGCUGUACCUCUGGGCCCUGAAGAUCUGGUACCCAAACACGCUCUGGCUGCUGCGGGGUAAUCACGAAUGUAGGCAUCUGACGGACUAUUUCACCUUUAAACUGGAGUGCAAGCACAAGUACAGCGAGCGCAUCUAUGAGGCUUGCAUCGAGUCUUUCUGCUCGUUGCCGCUAGCCGCGGUCAUGAACAAGCAGUUCUUGUGUAUCCACGGUGGUUUGAGCCCUGAGUUGCAUACUUUGGAAGAUAUCAAGGCGAUCGACCGCUUCAGAGAACCCCCGACCCACGGCCUGAUGUGUGACAUCCUCUGGGCUGAUCCAUUGGAAGAGUUUGGACAAGAGAAGACAGGGGACUACUUCAUUCACAACAGUGUGCGAGGCUGCUCGUACUUCUUCUCGUAUCCUGCUGCUUGCGCCUUCCUCGAGAAGAACAACCUCCUCUCCAUCAUUCGCGCGCACGAAGCCCAAGACGCGGGCUAUCGUAUGUACCGCAAGACUCGGACGACGGGUUUCCCUAGUGUCAUGACCAUUUUCAGCGCACCCAACUACUUGGACGUUUACAACAACAAGGCCGCCGUGCUGAAGUAUGAGAACAACGUCAUGAACAUCCGACAGUUCAACUGUACUCCCCACCCGUACUGGCUCCCGAACUUCAUGGACGUCUUUACCUGGUCUCUUCCUUUCGUUGGUGAGAAGAUUACAGAUAUGUUGAUCGCGAUCCUUAACACUUGCUCCAAAGAGGAGCUUGAAGAAGAGACCCCCACAUCCGUAUCACCCACCGCGCCCUCGUCACCACCCGCGGCGCAGAUGGACGUGGAGAGUAGCGAGUUCAAGCGUCGCGCCAUCAAGAACAAGAUUCUGGCCAUUGGCCGUCUGUCGCGUGUCUUCCAGGUGCUACGUGAGGAGUCCGAGCGGGUUACUGAGCUCAAGACCGCGGCCGGCGGUCGUCUUCCCGCGGGUACUUUGAUGUUGGGAGCGGAGGGCAUUAAGCAAGCCAUCACGAACUUUGAAGAUGCGCGCAAGGUCGAUUUACAGAACGAGCGACUGCCUCCUACCCAAGAGGAGGUCAUGCGACGCAGUGAAGAGGACCGACGCAUUGCUCUGGAGCGGGCUCAGCAUGAGGCCGACAAUGACGCCGGCCUAGCCACAGUGGCUCGAAGGAUCAGCAUGUCGGCCGGCUCGGGUAAGACUCGUCGACAACGGGACGCUGCUGCGGUCUCUCGGGAGGCAUGAGCCUGAAACGGAGAAUUUAAUUGAGAUGCCGCCCGUUUGGCGAAGCGGCAUAAUAUGGACCGAUAUCCUUCCUUGCUAUUUUAGGCGUGCAACUGCUUCACAACCGUGUAUUGAACGAAACUCUGCGCUUCGAAACGAAUGGGCGAGUGACCUUGCCCCGCGACAUCCACUUUGGAUCAGAUGGCGGAUUCACCGGUGGUAAGCACUGUAUCAAAGACCGGAGUUGGAGGACGGGGGAUAAAUCAUGUAAUUCCUGCACAGCAAACAGUUCCAGGCGUCCGUGACGUCUGAACUAUAUGAGUUGAUGAAUUGAUACACC